AUGACCAUCAGCCAAUUAUACAAAAAAGUAUUAUCGUCUUCCUACAAUUUCAAACUCGUGCCUCGCUCUAAUCUGAGAACUUUUGAGAGGAUGAGAAUUGAUCCGACCACUCCAAAAAUUAAAUUAAAUAAUGCAGCUACAACAGAAACAACGGGAAACAAUUUACCAAAAUUGCCGGUUCCCCAAUUGGAGCACACAAUCGAAAAAUUUUUGAAAUUUUGUAAGCCUAUACUUGGACCUGAAGAUUAUGGGGAGACUUUAAAGACUGCUAACGAGUUCAAGGAAAGUAUCGAGGCAAAACAGUUGCAAAAAAUGCUGGAGAGAAGAGCUCAAAAACUGGAUAAUUGGUUAACUCCUUGGUGGUUAGAUAUUGCCUACUUAUCAGCUAGAACACCACUUCCCGUCAUUACCAGUCCUGGCGUUACUUUUCCAUAUUCUGUUUCUGGAAGAGACGAGGUGAUUGACUUGGCUGCAAAAAUUAUUCAAUCGGCACUUUUGUUUCAUCACAAAAUUUUGACGUUAAUUUUAUUUUUAAAAUUAUUUUAUAAACCUUUUUUAAUUGUCAUUUCCUGGUCUACCUUUUUUCCUCCUCAAUUUUUUUCACACCGACUCGAUCCCCGAAAAACAGGAAUUCCCGUCGGUUUUUUGGUCGGGAUCUCUAUUUCCGGAAAUCGUGAAUUUAAUUUUUAUGUCGGCUAG